GAUCAACUACAUUCAGCUCUCACUCUGCAGUUUGUCUAUUCUGUAUGAAUGGGAGCACUACAACCUGAGGACGGAUUUUAAUGCAGCAGUUAGAUAACUUAGCAUAAAAUUUCAAUUUUUAUUUAAACACUGAUGUUUAGUGGUAUGCUGUUCAUUGUGCGUUGUUGUUAGCACAUCAGAUAUAUACCAGGACUUUAUCUUUUACUAUAUAAAUCAUGGGUUCUGAGCAAAGCAAAGAUAAGAUGCAUUGCACCAGAUAUAUAAAUGGCACUGGACCUCCGACACUGGCUGACCAAGUUCAAAAUGGUGCCAACGGAACUAGCAAAAUGAACUCUAAAAUAGUAGAUGGAAACCAACCAGAUGACGGGCGAAUGUCAAUAAUGCACCUGAGCAGGAAUGUGGAAGGAUACCCAAAAUGUGACACCAUACAGAUAAACAUGGAAUUUGAAGAUGGAAUACAGACGGAGAAUCAUCCUAAUCCAGGGCAGAAAUACUACGGGCUUAAAACAGUGGCCUUUGUGCCUCGGAACCCUGAAGGAAUUAAGGUGUACCGCAUGCUAGAAGUAGCAUUCAAGCACAAGCUGCUGUUUACAGUGUCAACUACUAGUACCGGAGAGGAGCGAGUUACCUUUUCUGACAUUCCUUUGAAAACUAAAGAGAGUGGUGGCCAUGACAGCUUCAGCUAUCCAGACCCGGAGUACCUGAAAACAGUGACAAAGAUCCUGAAAUCGAAAGGGAUCAAAUACACCGAAAAGUGACGUUCUUUAUUUUGUGUAUAUAUGGAGGUAUUCACAGCCAGUCAACAGACACAUGCACUUUUUCAUGUUUUAUGACAGAGUAGUGACUAUCACAGGCCAAACAAAAUGAUACAGAAUAUAUUAAAACUAAGGAAACUUAAAUAUUUGUUGAACAUAUGAACUGGUCGGUUUCAGAGACUAAUAAAACUUUCUUAAACUAGUGCUUUGAAAAAGGUAGAUGCACUUGGAUGGUUAACCCAUUAAAUCUAGAGAUAAGACACUGUGCAAUGAUAGCAGAAAGUGUAAAAAACAAACAAACAAACAAACAAACAAACAAACAAAUAAAUAAAUAAAUAAAAUAUAUUUAGAGGUAUAUUUAUGGCCAUAAAAAUUGACUUUCCAAUUAGAGUUGAUCCAAAUUAUUCCAAGAAAUUCAGUUACCAAAUCUGGCAAAAGUUUUACAUUUCAGAUUAAUAAAAAUAAGGUAAUAAACAAAAACAUAAAAAUAUAGAGUGAUCUUUUGACUGGCAGUGUACAAGGGAAUCAUUAAAAGAACAUGGGUUAUGUUUGCUACAGAUGGUGUUAUGCUAUGACAUCUUUUGUUAAGAAUGGAAUGUUGUUGAUCAACAUACUUGACAACAAGAGAUUACAAAUGCAAAGAGAUUACACUUCCUAUUACUACUCCCUGUAUACCUAGCAAAUUAUUUUUUUUUAGAAUCUCAGUCAUAUAAAUCUUGAAUGUUUGUUAUUUCUGUUAGUAUUUAUCUAGCACAGCUUGUACAACCUUACCAAAUUAUAUGUUUGUAAUAUUAUAUUUCAUUUGUAUAGUGUAAAAAAACCUGUUUUAGUAAAGCUGGGAUUCGUAUAAAACAAUAUAAUUUACAUAUUUACCUUUAAAAUUUAAACAGAUAGGUGUUGAUUACACACUAAGGUGACUCUCGCACCUCAGACUCAUGGGACAUGCCAUUUGAUUCAUCAGGCAAGAUGGAAGACUGAGAGUGUAAAUUAAAACUCUUAAUUAUAAGCAAAAGUGUCAACAUUAAAUGCUCCAAGUCCAUUGAUCUUAGUUUGUCAGUAUAAAUUCACUGCAAAGCUAUUUUUCUAAAAGCUAGAGGGUAGACUACAGGUAGGCUAUAUUUUUCCUGUUCGUCUGCUAUGCGUCCGGCAGAUUGCAGAGUCUGAACUUUUUCAGGAUGAUGGAGACCCUUUUGUUCUCUUCAAACUGAAUUAUGGGCUGGGCUUCACACAGACAAUAAAGUCUAAUCAGAUUGGCGGGACCCAUUAAAGAGGCCUCUGUCAUCUCCACAGGCGUUCUUAAACCACUUUCUCCUGCAUGCUCCACCAGGAGUCAUCUGUCCCAACUGUCAGCCGCUACCACUGCUGUGACAGCUAUCAAAUCUGGCCAGGCUACAUCACCUCAUCGCCGUCAUCCUCCACCACCCUACAGCCCUCAGUCCUGCCAUUACUCCCUCUGCUACUGAAGAUCAACACUAGCCAGCCACUAUUCGUCACUGUAGCCCACAUAUAAAGUAAAUAGUUCUUCACAUAGCCAUAGUAUCUAUAGCCUGCCUUGUAUACUGCUAAUAUUGCUGUACAUGACACUGGCUUCUCAAGCAUCUUAUAUGUGCACUGUGUGACAGUGACAGACAACACAUACACUCUGUUUCCUAAAGUCUUGAAAUCAUCCCCAACUACAGUUCUUUUAUGGCAAGAUGCAAAUCCUAGAUCUUCAACAGAAAUGAUUUUAAUUCCUCCCUGUCAUACUGUUACUAUAGGAAGGCUUAGCAGUCUUCAGCUUCCUACUUAGCAAGUGAUAAAUAGGCUUUAGGCUUGAUUUCAUUAAGCUCUUUAAUUUGGAGCACAAUUAGACUUUUAGAAGACAAAGCAGAAUCUGAACUUGUUAAUUAGAUGUGUGGAAUCACAGGUGCUGAUGAUGGAUGCAGCUUCUGGGAUUCCACUUACAGGACAAAGUUGAACCGGAGAAACCUUUGCUCUUUCAUUGUAGGCCUUUGCACCAAAGUCUUAGCCAUGAUUAAUUCCAUUCAAUUAAAUUUUACAUUCAUUAUACCACACAUAACAUAAAAAACAAUACAAAACAUACCAAAGUUCUCUCCCUUUGGUAUGUGAGACGUACUGUACAUAAUAAAUACAUCACAAUGCACAGUCUAGACCACAUAGAAGUAUACAAGAACUUUAAUAUGUAUAGUUGCUGACUGUAGAUGAGUUUUUGACAGAUAAGAUAAAACGUUACCUGCUAGACCGGUUCCUUUCAGCACAGAUAAACAUUAGAUACGUUAGAUUACAUUAGAUACAUUAGAAACAUUAGAUUAGAUCAGCAUGAGAUCAACCAAAAUGAAAUUAAAACUUCAUGUACAGCUUCCUCAAGGUUCAGAAAAAGUAUGCCAAAGAUAUUCAUGAAAUAAUCUUAUUAAAUCUAUCUGUUCCUCUGUACAACUGAAGAUAAGCAUUACUUUUCUCAGUCUGUGUGUAAUGCGAUUCUGUGAACCAUCAAAUUCAAGCAGGUUUGUUGUGACAGAGGAACACAUUCCAUUUGUGUCAUGGAGUGUCCUUUUUACAGGCCCUAUAAACCUUGCUGACAGGGAAGAAGAGUGACAAUACACACUGUGUUAACCUGAACCGUAUCCGUAAAAAGAAUGGCAGUUGCCACAAAGGUGAGGGGAGUCAAUCUUACAACGGAAAUGGUUUAUGAAGUGAUAAAUCUUCCUUAAGAGAAGAAUCGGGCAUUUUUAGCCACUACUUCUUUUGUACUGAUAGGAAUAUGCUGUACCUUUAGGGUAUCAAAGAGCCAAAAUGAGAAACAGAAAAUAUAUGGAGCACACUCAUAAUACUGACUUUUAUUCUCAAGAGGAGGUGAUUUUUUUUUUUUUUUGGAUGUGUUAAGACAUUAAGUUUUUGAAAGUAAACAGAUUAGAUCCAUGUCCAGUAUUAAGGUGUAUGGAAAUAAAUCAGAAUCAGAAUACUUUAUUAUUCACCAGGGGGAAACUGGGCAAAUGAUACACAAAUUUCUGUUAGUGGAUACACAGUGCCAGUAUAUACUCCAUCUACUAUUUUUAUUUGGACGUCUUUGUUAUUAGUCUCAUGAUAGUUAUAAAUAAUUGAUGAUACUAGUUACUGAAUAAAAUAUGAAAAAUGUGAUUUAAGACGAAUAACUAAAUAUUAAAACAAAAUCUGCAGGCAUUAAUAUGAAUCUUAGAAUGGUUAGAAAUAAAGAGAGACACACAGAGAGAGAGAGAGAAACUGAGAAACAGAGAGACAUGGAGACUAUCCAUCUCUGUGAUGUAUGACUCUUUCUCUCCAUCAGUUCCCUCAGAGAGAUCCGAUGUAGCGUUUUCAUAAGGCCACCAGCCAACACAAAAGCUUCAACUUUAUGCCAUUCAUCUGUGGAGCAGGUCCCAUUUGCAGCUCUUUGGCCAUCUCGGACUCUUUUCAUCAGACACAGAGACCUGUCAGACAUCCAGGCCAUCUGGGCCCACACAGCUCUUUCCUCACUAAGUCAAAUCAAAGCAGCCAGAGAUCAGGCUCUCUGAUAACCCACAUACUCUUUGUGGCCUAAGGUUAUUCCCCUUCCGCAUUCAUCUGCCAUACAUCCUCAUUCACAAACUACUGAUAUCUCCAUUAUGGCUGAAUGACACUAGCACUUUUAAAAGAGCACAGAUAUGGCCUUGUGAUACUGUUGUAUCCUCUCGUUGUGUGGCCUUUAACUGGAGCAUAGAUAGCCUCAGUAGAGAGCCCAUAUUUAAAGAAUGCCUGUUUCUCUUCUCUUUUACCUUUACAGAAAGAGUUAUGCAGUAUAGACCAGAAUAUUUGAGAGACAGAUAAAUAAGUCCUAACAACUGAGGCUUAGAAACGGUCUCAGGCCUUAUUAUCUGUAUAUUUCUUUGGUCAAGAGCACACAUAAAAAGAUAAAAAAAAUAAAAAAAAGAUAUAAAAUGGUUUGUGAAUACCGAUUCUGCAGUCUCACACGAACCUUUAACUUGUCUGUCUUUUGUUCCUCUUUGCAUUAGUUUGCAUUAAUGACUUGCCACAGUAUUAAAGGUGAGUGGGAAAGAGUGAUCAUUUAGCAGGCCAACCAUUCUUUGAGACAUUUCAUACUGGAGCCAAUAAAGCUGGGAUGAAGUGCCCUAUCUUUCACAGCAGACCAGCGGGACUAGUAAACUAUGUUGGCACUGUUUAUUAAUUCUUAUGAAGAAAGGUACAGGUGAAGAGCAGAGUAUUAAUUUGUUAACAAAUAGAAAAUUAAGUUAUAGCAAAUCUGUAAUUUGUACAAGAGAUGUGUUUAAUGCAGUGCUAAAAUGAUUAAUGCAGUGCUAAAAUGUAUAGAUAUGUACAGAUAUGAUUUAAGCUCAGUGACUUUCAUGUAAUAAACUGUGUACUAUGA